GGUGGGGGGUGCACAGCGCAGAUGGAGCUGGGGUAGAACGGAAGCGAGGGGAGGCCGAAGCUCCAGCCUGGGUGGGCUGGGCGUGGGGGAAGGCAGGAUGCAGUAGAGGAACUGACCGAGGUCUCAGCAUGGGUAGGCCCUCUCCUAACCCCCAGGGUCUCCCCUUCCUACUGUUGCUGAUUCUCCCAGAUCUGAGAGUGCUGAGUGCAGAGGCACCAUCCUUGUUCUACCAGCUCACAGCAGUGUCAGUUGCCCCUAAGGGGACCCCGAGGUUCUGGGCCUCAGGGUGGCUGGGUCCCCAGCUCUUCCUGACCUACAGCUCUGGUGGCAAUGCUGAACCCUGGGGGGCCUGGCGCUGGGAGCCUCAGGAACCCUGGUUUUGGGAGAAGGAGACAUGGUACCUGAAGACCCAAGAGCGGUUGCUGCAGGAAGCUUUGAAGCUCUCUAAGAAGGAGGGAGCCCACACUUUUCAGGGCCUGGUGGGCUGCCAAUUGAACCCUGACAACUCAUCUCAACAUACUGCUCGAUAUGCCCUGGAUGGGUUGGACCUCUUGACCUUUGACCCUGUGUCCAGAGAGUGGUUUGGAGACACUGCGGAGGCCUUGAAUGUGAAGAAAGGCUGGGCCAAUGAGAGCCAGCGGGCUGAGAAGGAUGCAGAAUUCCUGCUCACCACCUGCCCCCAGAAGCUCAAAAGUCACCUGCAGAAGGGUCAGGGCAACUUCCACUGGAAAGAGGCCCCAGAGGUGCGAGCUGGAGGCCAUGUCGAGCCAGGGUCGGCCUGGUCCACACUCACUUGCCAGGCCUUCUCCUUUUUCCCACCGGAACUGGAGCUGACUUUCCUUCGGGAGGGGCAGCCACAGCUUGUGAAGGGAGUGGAGCCAUGGCCCAACAGGGACGGUGCUUUCUAUUCCCGGGGCACUCUGCUGGUCCCCUUUGGGGAUGAAGCCUUCUAUAGCUGCCUGGUCCAACACCCUGCACUGGCCAGCUCCAUCACUGUGAACUUUGAGGCAUCUGGUGGACUACCCCUGCCGAUCAGAGUCAGCCUGGUGGCGGGCUCCUUGCUCUUCUUCGCGUGUCUGGUUGGUGUGGUGGCUUGGGUGGUCAUCUCUAGGAAGAGAGGAGCACGCCCAGCUCCGUGGAUUUUCCGGCGGCGUGCAGGAGACGAUGUGGGAUCCCUGCUCUCAGCCCCAGCCUCUGCCCAGGACUCCAGCCCCUAAGACCUUGGCAUCCUGCCUGUUUGCUGCCGACCCCCCCCCCAGUUACUGUACCCCUUCCUCCUUCGAUGGGGGUUGUGUCUGGAUGCUGUGUGACCCCCAGAUGGAGUCCUGUCUUCUCGACCCUGUCUCCCUCCCCCUCCCCACCUCUGGCCCAUUCCAGGCAGCCCUCCUGGAUUUCACCUUUGACAGUACAGAAAUGUUGAUUGAUAUACUCCUGUCUCCCAAACAAAACAAGUUGGUGUUGGGUCCAGA